AUGGCGACAAGAAGAAUCCUACUCUUAUUUCUUAUGUCCUUUCUGUCGACCUCUCCGGCUGCCGCCGUGAAAUCAUGGUGCAGCCAAACACCACACCCUAAACCAUGCGAGUAUUUCCUCACAAACAACCCUAAAUACAAAGUUUCUAUAAAAGGAAAGCCCGACUUCGUGAGGGCAGCGGCCCAUCUCGCCCUGGACCGCUGCAUGCACGCGAAGAGCGGCCUCCAUCAUCUUGGCCCAAACUGCCGUUCGGACCGAGAGCGGGAGGCCUGGGCCGACUGCGUGGACCUCUACGAGGAAACCAUCCACGUGCUCAACAAGACCGUGGACCCAAACACCAAGUGCACAGCUGACGACGUGCAGACGUGGCUGAGCACGGCGCUCACCAAUUUGGACACGUGCGCCGCCGGGUUCGCGGACUUCGGUAUCCAUGAUUAUCACAGUGUUUUUCCCAUCAUGUCCAACAACGUGAGUUUGUUGGUGAGCAAUGCCCUAGCUUUGAAUAGCAAGGGCGUUUCUAAUUUUAAUAGUGUGAAGGGUUAUAAGGACGGGUUUCCGAGGUGGGUCCGGCCUGGGCACCGGAAGCUGCUGCAGUCGUCGUCGGACGUUGUGGUGGCACAGGACGGGUCCGGGAACUUCACGACUGUAGGGGAGGCAGUGGCAGCAGCGGCCGCGGGCGGAAGUAGGCCGGUGGGGAGCGAUUGGUAUGUGAUUUAUGUGAAGGCGGGGACGUAUGUUGAGAAUGUGGAGAUUGGAAGGGGUUUGAGGAAUGUAAUGUUGUUGGGGGAUGGAAUUGGGAGGACUAUUAUCACCGGAAGUAGAAGCGUUGACGGCGGCUCCACCACCUUCAACUCGGCCACAGUUGUUGUAGUGGGCGACGGGUUCAUCGCCCGCGGCAUCACGUUUCGGAACACGGCAGGAGCCCAGAGCCAGGCAGUAGCGCUGCGUUCCGGGUCGAACCUAUCCGUGUUCUACCAGUGCAGUUUCGAGGGUUACCAGGCCACCCUCUAUGCCCAUUCCCAGCGCCAAUUCUACCGCGACUGCGACAUCUAUGGCACAGUCGACAUGGUCAUUGGCAAUGCUGCGGUCGUGCUGCAGAACUGCAGCUUCCACGCUCGCAUCCCGGCCGAAAUGAUCAACACGAUCACCUCACAGUUCCGUACCGACCCGAACCAGAACACGGGGACCAUCAUCCACAACUCACGAGUCAUGCCCACCCCGGAACUCGUACCCUUACUGAUACUCACCCGGACCUAUCUGGGUCGCCCCGCGAGGGAGUUCUCGCGCACGGUGUUCAUGAAGACCGAGUUGGGCGGCUUAAUCCACCCGGCGGGUUGGUUGGAGUGGAUGGGGACGACCUUCGCUUUGGAUACGUUGUAUUAUGCGGAGUAUGCGAAUACGGGUCCCGGGUCGUCCACAGAGAAUCGGGUCAAAUGGCCUGGUUAUCACGUCAUCACCAACACCUCCGAAGCGGAGCAGUUUGCGCCAGAUAAUUUCAUUCUUGUGGAUCAUUGGGUGCCGAAUACCAAUGUGCCGUUUACUUCUGGGCUUUGAUUUCCUGAGUUUCAUUGAAUUUAUU